UCAAGCUCCCCUUCCUCUCCUAUGCUACAGCUAUUCCCCAGCUGAGGGUCUCCUGGUGUACACCUGCAGACGCAGCCCUCGGCUGCAGCCUCGGCUGCACCGGCAAUCGCAGCCUCUACACCUGCGUGCACAGUAACCCCUGCCAGCAGCCUAUCCCACACCAGGAAGUGAGUGCCACGUCCAGAUCCUGUUCGCCUUUCCUCACAGCCACCCAUCCCCUCUCACUGGUGUGACAGUGCAUGGCAUGGCCAGUGGCUGGGGCCUGAGGGCAGGGACAUGGGCAUCAUCCCAGUUUCAGAGAGGGCGUCUUGGAAUGCAUCCUUUGGGGGACCAGGCAUCAUGAGUGGGCCCCUCUCUGGCCCCUGGUACAGCACACACAAGACUCAGCUCUUGGGAGUUUUACUUGCUGCUGCUUCAAAUUUGCUGAUUAGUGUCUCCUUGAAUAUACAGAAAUGCGCUCAUCUUCGACUGGUUUGCCAAACUGAGCUGAAGCCCUACUACACGAGCAAGCUGUGGUGGUGUGGGAUUACCCUCCUGGGGCUUGGAGAGGUGGGCAAUUUUGCAGCCUACGGAUUUGCCCCCAUUACUCUUGUUACUCCACUGGGAUGUGUAUCUGUCAUAGGUAGUGCAUUUAUUUCUGUCUUUUUCCUAAAGAAGACCAUGAAGACUGCUGAUAUACUGGGUGGAACACUGACAGUAACAGGGACAUACUUGUUGGUGACAUUUGCUCCAAAUGUACCUCAAGAGCUCACAGCAAGACAAGUACAGAAUUACUUAGUGAGCUGGCCUUUUUUGGUAUAUUCAAUCUUAGAAAUUUUAAUAUUCUGCAUUCUUCUCUAUUUUUACAAAAGAAAGGCUGUGAAACACAUCGUGGUUUUGUUAAUGAUGGUGGCACUAUUGGCAUCAAUGACUGUCAUUGCUGUAAAGGCUGUGUCCAGUAUGAUAACACUAUCUGUGAAGGGGAAAAUGCAGCUAACUUAUUCCAUUUUCUAUAUCAUGGUUGCUUUAAUGGCAAGUUCUUGUGCUUUCCAAGUCAACAUGACACUGCUCCUGACCCUCCCAGCUGUAAUUCAUAUCACUUGGAAGCCAGUCAAGAUCUGCAAUUCUUGUUUCUGUCACAUUCCAGGGGUCAUAUUUUAUCGGGAAUUCCAAAGUGCAGCUUUCCUGAGUGUGUUCAUGUUUCUGUUCGGGUGUCUACUGUCUUUCCUUGGUGUGUUUAUAAUUGCAAGAAAUAAAAAAGAGGAGCAUUUACAAAUUCCUUUUAUUGACUGUGGACAUAUUCCUGGACACAAACUGACAGGGAAAAUACAACCAGAUUCUCACAGUUCAUGCUAUGGCACACUGAAUAAGGAAGAUGACUUGGUGAAAAGUCAAAGCUGAAAGAAGAAAGGACCUUACUUGUCAACUAACAGGAGGAAUACCACUGGAACAAGGCACAGCAGCACUUUUUUGUUGAACAUAUUUAAGUACACAUUGAACUCCUGUAUGUUGAUGAGUCAUAGUAUUAUUUAAUCCUAAUUAAUUUAUCCUGUGAUUCUACCAAAUGGAUUCUAAAUAUAAAGGAAGCCUUAAGAAAAACUAAAUAACCAUUAAUGAUACAGAAUAUUCUCCUAGUAUCAAUGCCUCUUGGGGAUAUUUUUAGAGUCUUAAUUGCCUUGAAAUGCAAAUAGGCACAGAACAGGAUUAUAAAAAUUCCCCUUUGAAACCCCUCAGAUCUGUGUAGAUGCUUAAAGACAAAGGUGGGAAAUGAGAACUUUCAUAAGUGACUUCAAAGUAUUCUGCUGUAUGUACAAUUCCUUUUAAAUCUGUUCCUUCCUGUUCUGGAGUCAAAGCUGUGGGCAUAUAUACAGUGGACACAAAUAGGUAAUCACAAAGAAUUUUGGAUUAUACGCAGAGGGACAAUCCUGAUUAUCUCCUACCAUCAGAUUGAUUCUCUUAUCUUCCAAGGAAAUAAACACUUGUGUGAGGAGGGGGAAGAGAAUAUUCGCCAUAAACAUAGGCACAUGGGCAUGUAUACAUAUCUGAGGUGCCCAGCCAAGGCAGGCCUAGGGAAUUAUGCUUGAUGUUUUACAGCCUUCGAGAAGAGUCCUGUGCACUGGGCUCUAUGACCUGUUAGCAUAGUCUGUUCUGAGUUUAGCUUCUUUUUCAGCAAAAGCAGGUUUUAGUGAAGAAAGUACAUAGUUUUUCAAAGGAAGUGGGGUAGCCAGGCUCCCUCUCUUGAUGUGUCUUGGAAAAAUACUCCUAAAAAAGAAAAGUAGGGCAGCUCCUUGUUACCACUGCUAAAGCUGUGUGAGGAAAGGCUGUAAAAAACAGAACCACAAAGAGUCACGGUAACUGUACCACUUUUCCGUCAUUAAAUGGUAGUGUCUCCACAUUGAUUUAAAGAACCAGAAGUGAUGGGAAAGAUGGCAAUACAGGCUCCGUAUUCAGAUUUAGGAGGUCUUUGUGUCCCUCAGUCCCAGAUGCCCAGCAAAAAAAAGCUUCCUCUGGGCAUUCAUCAUGGGUCCACUUAACCCUGCCUGAUAGUACUGAUACACCUCAGCCAGCACAGUGGGGAGCAGACACAUCCUCUGCAUGAAAACUUAAAGUGCUCUUGAAAAAUGUGCAUGUCUUGUUUUAGGUUUAAAUUAAUCUGCAGUAAUGGAUAGGGGCCAUAGACUGUGUGUAUUUUGUUUCAGUGAGAUAAGAGGAAAUGAGGUCUCUUUUUCUUUCUCAAAUAAUUUUUUAUUUAAUUUUAAAAUAGCUACAGUUGAAGAUCCAUAAGGCAAUUUAAUUUCAAAUGCUACAAAGCACACAUAAAGCUGCAGUUUUUCCUGUGGAGCAAUGGCCCAGGAACUAGGGCAUGUGGGGACUUGUGAAGCUGUUUUUCAAUAUGGACCUUUCCCAGAUGACACAGGACAAGGCUCUGUGUCUGCACCUUACUUGUACUAGCUGCCUGGCUUGGCCUUCCUUUCCCCUCUUACAGCUUGAGUUGAAGUUUCUAAAGCUUAAAUAAAAAUUUUAAAAAGCACAUUAUUUUCAGGUGCUUUCUCCAGGGAGUAAGAGCAUGCCUCUCUCUUUCUUUUGCAAGUCAAAUUUAAGCUUCUUUCUAAGUCUCAAGUGAGAGUGUGUGCUAAAGAUGGAAAUAGGAGGCCUACAGGCUUUUGUUCUAUGACCUGGGAAACAAAUGAGUGAAAGGGUUUGGUUUUGUUGCUUUUCUAAAUGAUUGGCCUUGGGCAUCUUUCCGAAAUCUGUUUCCAUGACUCAGGAGGUCUGGAGGAGGUAAUAAAGGUUACCAGGUAUAGGAUUUUCUCUUUAGAGUAAGAAAUCAAAUGUAAAAAUCUGGUAAAAGUUAUUAUUUAUUUUAUAUUUCUGUAUUUCUUCUUGAACAAUGCUUUUUUUUUUCUUCCUAUGGGUUUAUACUAAAAUUAUAAGGGUUAAAAUGUUAUCUUUAAACCCUAACAUAUUUGAAAGUAAUUUAUGGAGCAAAACACUGGUGAGAAUUAUAUGCAAUUAAAAGUUGUGAUUUGA